CUGAAUUUGGAAUGUGAUUUAUUAAUUUAUUGUUUAGAAUUUCUGUGAAAAUCAUAUAGAUAUUCAUUAAAAUUUUUCUUUAACAGGUGAUAAUAUUUUCAUGUUUAUACAUUUUGGAGAGUCAUAUACGCGAGUCCUAUAACAGACGUGUCGAGUCACAGAUAAACGUCACCUUGGACCGAUUGCGAUAAGUGAGAGAAUAUUUAUACAGCAGAACGAUGGCGGAGACGAGUGAAGCGCAGGCGAGCGCGUCCGCAUCGGCGCCUGGUGGAGACGCGGGACAAGAAGAGGAUAAACAUGAUGAACGUAUGUUGGAAUGCAACAUCUGUUUGGAUACGGCUCGCGACGCCGUAGUCAGUAUGUGCGGGCAUCUGUUCUGUUGGCCCUGCCUGCACCAGUGGUUGGAGACUCGUCCAAGCCGGCAGGUAUGCCCAGUGUGCAAGGCUGCAAUCAGCCGCGACAAGGUUAUCCCAUUGUACGGGAGGGGCAACACUAAACAGGAAGACCCAAGGAAUAAGGUGCCUCCGCGGCCAGCCGGUCAACGUACUGAGCCAGAGAACAACAGUGGCUUCCCAGGGUUCGGUUUCGGGGAGGGCUUUCACAUGUCGUUUGGUAUCGGUGCAUUCCCCUUUGGAGUGUUCACCUCAACAUUUAAUUUCGGGGACCCGAGACCGAGUGCAGCUCCACGUGGCACCGCGCAAUACGAAGAAGAACAGUUUCUGUCGAAGAUAUUCCUAUGGGUGGCCAUAUUAUUCGUGCUGUGGCUGAUCUUCGCAUGACCGGCGUGUGGGGACGCCUCGCUCACCAGGUGGAAGUCGAUAGCGGAGCCCCUCGCUCACUACCUGCUCCACUAAACGGACUGAACUUACGGCAAUAGGGGACUCCGGGAUGGGUGUGUGAUUUUAUAUAUAUAUAAAUAGCAAACAAACUGAUGGUAAGUGGUCACCGUCGGAUAUAUAUAAACAGUACGGCCAUCACAUGAUAUUGCGUGGUCAUGUGAUGCUCUUGGCGCCACUCAUGCGUUGUCGUUUUUGAAUACUAAAAUUAAAGGAAAUUCUAUGCAAG